AUGGACUUCGCGGAGGGGGAGUUGAAAAACGAGCAAUUUGCGCUGAAAUUCGGGCAGAUUGAACAAGCAAAGGAGUUUAAAGAAAAGUUCGAAGAGGCAGCGGCAAUAAACUCGAAAUUGUUUGGUAUUUCUGAAAGCAGCAGCAGCAGCAAGGAGAAGGAGGAGGAGAAAAAGGAAAAGAAAGAAGAAGAAAAAACAGAAGAGAAAGCAGAGGAAACCAGCAAAGAAACAAAAACUACAGAGGUUUCUAAGAGUGAAACAACUGAAGAAAAAAAAGAUAAAGAAUCAAAAGAAACAGAGAAAGCAUAA